AUGAAAAACAUCAAGACGUCGCGAUAAAACUCAAAACAUCUCAAGGCUGCAGGUCUCUCAACUCUGACAAGUUUCCACACGUGUCCCGCCUCUAAUGUAACAGAGUAUUUAAAGACUAGCUAUUUAGACUCCAGCAGAAGAGUGAGGGUGAUUUUUAUGAGUAAUAACAUCAGGACUAACGGAGGACGGAGUUUCAGUGGUGAGAGGUUGGACCUUAUAGCAGUGACAAGAAUCCUGAUUUAAAAUGAAUUUGGUGAAAAUUCUUCAUGAAAAACAGCAAGUCUUCAUCUUCUUUACUAUGUUGGCCCUGAUGAGCUCGUGCCAGGCCAUAACAAGAACAGACCCUCCACUCCUUCCUGAUAUACCUUUCCUUUUUAUGUGGAACGCCCCAACUGAGCUGUGUGACAUCCGCUUUGGCAUGCCCCUCGAUCUUACCCACUUCCAUUUUAUCAGCAGCACGCUGAAAACAGCAACCGACCAGAGCAUCUCAAUAUUCUACACUGACCGCUUUGGUAUCUUCCCCUACGUGGACGAAGACACUGGCGAGGUUUACGAAGACGGUCUACCACAGCUGGUUGACCUUAAGGAGCACCAUGAGGAGGCCAAGAAUGACAUUCAGUACUACAUUCCUUCUGACAAACCAGGACUUGCGAUACUUGACUUUGAGGAGUGGAGGCCACAGUGGGCUAGAAACUGGGGCAGCAAAGACAUCUACAGAGAUAUUUCAAUUGAAACAGUCAAGAAGAAGAACCCCAACAUGACUAAUGAUGAAGUACAGGACCGGGCAAAGAUGGUAUUUGAACGGGGAGCCAAGAGGUACUUCCUGCGCUCCAUCGGCAUUGGGAAGAGGCUGAGGCCCAAAAAACUCUGGGGUUACUACUUGUACCCUGACUGCUACAACUAUGACUACAACCAGGACAUGGCAGGCUUUACAGGAGAGUGUCCCGAGAUUGAGAAAGACAGGAACGAUGAGCUGACAUGGCUCUGGAGAGAAUCCACAGCUCUCUAUCCAUCCAUUUAUCUGGAGCUGGUGCUCAGAGACUCCCAGCAAGCCAAGCAAUUUGUCCGGCAUCGAAUCCAAGAGACUAUUAGAGUGUCAAUGCUUUCCAACAGUUCCUACUCUACCCCCAUUUAUGCCUACAUCCGCCCUGUGUACAAAGACAGUGUCGACGACUACAUGUCAGAGUUUGAUCUGGUCAACACUAUUGGAGAAGCUGCAGCUCUUGGCGCUGCCGGUGUAAUUUCCUGGGGAGACAUGAAUGUCACUGAUACAGAGGACUCCUGCUUUGACGCUCGACGCCACCUGGAGCAGGUCAUGAACCAAUACAUUAUGAACGUCUCCGUGGCAACACAGCUCUGCAGCCACGCGAUUUGCCAGAGAAAAGGUCGCUGCGUGAGGAAGCGGUGGGAUGAUGACGUCUACCUCCACCUUGACCCACGUCGGUACCAAAUCCAGCGGGUUAGGCGAGGCGGCCCACUUUCCGUGAGCGGUGGCCUCUCGCAGGACGAUAUCAACUGGUUUGACCACCACUUUGACUGCAUGUGCUACACCAAAGAGCCUUGCAGAUCGGUCGCAACAGUCAAUAUCAUUAAUGAAGCCUUCAUCAAGGGCAAUAGAGGUGCUGACAGGCCCUGCCCCCUCAUGCUGGUGAUGAUACUACUCUGUCUGAAGUAUGUAAUGAUGUGAUUUGGGCUGUAAAGUUAAUGCAAUUGCACUGUUUAUUGUGUUAAUUGUUUAUUAUUCUUGUUAUUUGUGAAGUUUUUUAAAUGGACAUGAUGCUGAAUUAACCUGUUAGAGCUUCGGUUCUCAAACAUUUUAUAGUAAGUACCACCUGAGAAAAUAUUGAACUCUCAAAGUAAUGCUGUUAUCGCCAACGUUAAAAUACAGUGGUGGGAAUAGGUCGAGCAAAGUCAGCUACGGACUUUUCACAGGAGGCAGAUUUAUGUAGAAAUGUACACUUGCUCUAUCGCUUUCAAUUCAUGAUCACCAGAGGAGUCCUGGUGAGUCCCUGAUAUGUAUUGCUUACUUAUGUGACUUUUUUCUUCCAUCUGAAACCUGGUGGGUUAGGGUUAGGAUCUGGUACCUGGUGUUUGUGCUAAUUCUCAAAUGUUAUGAUAUGAAAAUGGCGAGCAUUGUAAACAUGCAUGACAGUGUUUCAAAAUAGAUGUAUUAACUCCUGAAAGAUUCAGUUUUCUUUUUCAGUUUUCAGUUUUUUCUUAGAAUAAAACAGUACUGAAUAAAAACCCAAUAAAACA